AGCAACUCUGACAGGAAAAUAAGCCCAUUUUGAAAUUCAAAUAAAACAUAGUGGCGCUUAAAACUGUCUUGUCGUCACUCACCAAUUUUCAGUCUGUAAAUAAGAAACCCGACGGUCACUCGUCAGCUUUCCUCUCAGCUCCGGCGAGAAAAUCCUCAGAUCAGAAAAUAGUAACGACAACAAGAUGGUGGUUUCAAAAUCGAACUAUGAGGAAAUACGGCUGCAAAGAUUGGAAGAGAACAAGAAAAGAAUGCUGGAGCUUAACUUGAAAGUGCUGUCCGAUGAUCUCCGUACAUCCAGUCCUAACAAAUCUCCGAUGAAAAGGCACUCAAAACCAAGGAUUCCUAGAUUUCCGGCUGAUUUGUUACCGGUCAGAAGAUCCUCUCGGUUUUCCGACAAGCCCUCCGUUAGCUACAAAGAAAUGGCACCUGAACCUAUGGAGAGACCGAGAAGGAGCUUCAGUUAUCAACGAAGAGAUUUGCUUAAUCGGAUUUACGCGUCCGAUGAAGUGAGGGCGUAUGCAUUGGAUAGAGCAGAAAAACUGCAGUCAGGUUUAGAACCUGAUAUCCCAAGCUUUGUGAAACCCAUGCUUCAGUCUCAUGUCACCGGAGGAUUUUGGCUGGGACUGCCAUUUCAAUUUUGCAAGAAUCAUCUUCCUCGUCAUGAUGAAUAUUUGACUUUGGUGGAUGAGAAUGGAGAUUCAUCCGAAUCAAAGUACCUUGUUAAUAAAACUGGUCUUAGUGCUGGAUGGAGAGGCUUUGCUAUUGAUCACAAACUAGUUGAUGGGGAUGCUCUGGUCUUCCAGCUAGUCAGCCGUAAAGAAUUUAAGGUGUUCAUUAUAAGGGCAAAUGAGUAUGGAGAUGAUGAAAAUGAAGAGGAAGCUAUUGAAGAGAAAGAGAUUAGCAAUGCAGAGACUGAAGAUGAUGAGAAGGUUACAGAUGUCGAGCCGGUGGAUACAAGUGCCAAAAGACUCAGACCAAGAAGGAAAUAGUCUCUAUAAACUUAUAGAUGAACAGAGACAUAUUUUGGCAUUUCAACACAAGGUCAUAUUUUCUCAAUGCUAGUUUAAGCCCUUGUUAAGAAAGAUUGAGAUACAUUCCAUGAUCUUGUAAGCUUCAAAAAUCAUGCAUUAUAACUUAAUUAACUUCUAAACAAAUAUUACCUCAAUGCUAAUUUCUUCUUUAUUCA